CCUCAUAUCUCCCUCCCCUUCUUCUACAACUCCUCUCCCCUCCUCUACUCCUUUUCCUUUCUUCUUUCCCCUCCCCCCUUUCUCCCCUACCUACUACUCUCCCCUAUCUUCUUUCCUCUCUCCUCUUUCUUCUCCACCAGUCCACAGGUGGGUGGGGUGGGUACUCCUCUUGAGCCCAGAGAAGGGCAGGGUGGAGUUGGAAACUCGAAUGCCCAUUGGCUGCUUCAACUGUCAGUCAGCAUGUGCCUCCCCUCCAGCCUCACUUUCAGCCUCCUUCCUGCGGGCACCGCUUUGUUCUGGGUGGGGAGGCAAGAGCUGGGGCAGGACAGACCUCUUGAGACUGGAGCUUUCCUAGGAUUUCCAACCCUUCUCCACUCCCAGGACUUUAUCAGGGAGCUCCAAGUUGGUGCCACAUGGGGAGUAAACCUCAGAGUAAUAAGGAGGCCAGCAUGUGGCCCAAAGGCUUUGGGGUGAAGCUGGAAACCAUCACCCCAUUCCUGGGGAAGUAUCGUCCUUUUGUGGGACGCUGCUGCCAGACCUGUACUCCUAAAAGCUGGGAGUCCCUUUUCCACAAAAACAUUGCUGCUUUGGGCUUUUACAAUGUGAUCCUGGUGACUGAAGAGAAUACCAGGUACCGGGGCUGGUUGGUACGAAGGCUUUGCUACUUCCUGUGUGCAAUGGACUGGAAGAUCACUCCCACCCCAGACACAGGGGAGAAGAUUUUGGGCAGCAAGUGGAUACAAGAAAUCCUCUCAGGGAGGGCCCCUGGAGGAGCAGGUGAAGGCCCCAAGCCCAGCUCUUUGAGGAGAGAUGUACAGCAUAUUUUGGGCCAGAUUCAGGCCUCAAUCUACCCCUUUAUGCUCAGGAUAUUCAGCUGGGCUCUGCUCAAGUUCUUAAAUUGCAUCUUCCUCAAUGUGCAGCUUCACCAAGGUCAGCUGGCUAUGGUCCGCCAGGCUGCACAGGUGAAGGAUACACCGCUCAUCUUUCUCUCUACCCACAAAUCAUGUUUGGAUGGGCUCCUAUUGCCUUUCCUGCUGCUCUCCCAGGGCCUGGGGGUCUUGCGAGUGGCCUGGGAACCUCAGUCUUACUCUCCAGCUCUGAGGGCUCUGCUGAGACAUCUGGGUGGCCUUUUCAUGCCCCCGGAGGCUAACUUCUUCCUGGACAACCCCAAAGGGAUACUCCCCAGGGCUGUUCUCAGUGCAGCUAUAGAACAGCUCCUGGCAAGCAAGCAGCCCCUGCUCAUCUUCUUGGAAGAUCCUCCUGGGGCUGUGGGACCCCGCCUAUCUUCCCAUGGCCAGGCCUGGCUGGGACUGGUACUGCAGGCAUUCCGAGAAGGCACCAUCCCUGAUGCAGCCUUAGUGCCUGUGGGUAUUGGCUAUGAUCUGGCCCCUGAUGUGCAGCAUGCUGGCCCAUGGGCUUCAUCUUGUCCCCUGGGACUGUGGUGGUGGGCUCUGGCUGUAUUUCGAGGCUUGAGAGGUCGUCGGGGCUGUGCUCGAAUAGACUUUGCACAGCCCUUCUCCCUGCAGGAAUACUCAGUCAACACCUGGAGUCGUGGUAGGAGCAAAGGGCAAUCUCUAGAGCAGCUCCUGUUGCAGACUGUGCUUGGACACUGGUCUGUUCUCCCUGAUUGUGAGAAGCAGCAGGAGUGGACUCCCAUGUCUGGGCCCUUCAUGGCCCUGGAAGAAGAGGAUCAGCUUCUUGUGAGCAGGCUGAGCCGCCACGUCCUGAGUGCCAGCAUUGCCUGCUCAGCCGUGAUGGCCACAGCAGUGAUGGCAGCUCUGCUCCUGCACCGGCAUCGAGAGGGAGUGUUCCUCUCCAGGCUCCUGGAAAACUUCUCGUGGCUAACAGAGGAGACUUUGCUUCGGGGUUUCGAUGUGGGUUUCUCAGGACAGCUGCAGGAUCUAGUGAUGCAUGGACUGUGCCUGCUGCACGGCAGUCUCUCCCUGUGGCUCCUGCCCCAGGGGGAUGUCCUGGUGCUGCCCAGGGCCGGCCCCACACUUGCUCAGCUGGCCUUCCACAGUGCUGCUCUGCUGCCUGUCUUCCUUUGUGAGGCUGUGGGGGCCUGUGCAGUCCGAGCCCUGCUGGCUGGUCGAGUGCCCCCAGAGGGACCCUGGGAGCUGCAGGGGGUGGAGCUGUUGAGCCAGCGGGAGCUUCAUCGCCAGACUCUGCUGCUCCUGCACCUGCUUCCCCAGGACCUCCUCCUGCUGCAGCCCUGCCAGUCAUCCUACUUUUAUUGCCAAGAGGUGCUAGAUCGACUCAUUCAGUGCGGUCUCCUUGUAGCAGAGGAGGCCCCUGGCACUCGGCUCACCUGUGAUACAGGGAAUUGGCGCUUUGGAGAGAAGAUGCUUUGGCGAUCAAUGGAAGACUUCAGUGACAGUGAUAGUGAUUAUGAGGAUGGCACUGACAGUCGCUGCUUCAAGCUCAGCCAGCAGCUGCGCUGCCCCGACUUCUUCCUCUUCCUGUGCCGGUUGCUCAGCCCCCUGCUCACAGCCUUUGCCCGAGCUGCAGCCUUCCUCCACCAGGGAAAACUGCCUGAUACAGAAGCAGGUUACACACAGCAGCUCCACCAGUUCCUGCUGAAGAAGGCCCAAGAGGAUGGUUCCUUUGAGAGUACUGACCUGAGCCAGGCUCAUAGUGCUGUGAUGACCUUCAAAGAUUUGGGAGUGCUGAAGGAACAGCCAGAUUCCACAGGCUCCACCCUGCAUUUGUCCCCGAUCUUCACUACUCAGGAAAACCAGGAAAAACUGGAGAAUUUCAUCCGUCAGUUCAUUUGUGGCUAGAAAGCCCAGAGUGAGGUGGGACUGGAAUAUCCUGUCCCAGCAAGAAGCAGUCUCCAGUCCCAGAACAAUGAACCCUGAGCUGAGGAGAGUGGCUAAGUGUUGAGAUUCAAAUUGGUUAUCCCAUAUUUAACAGAUUAUAAAAAGCCUCUUAGGUCUGAAUUUGAGGUCCCAUUGUUGUCUCUUUGUCUCCCCUCCAUGGUCCCUCUAGCCAAGCAUGCCCCAUGACCCAUGUUUAGAGAAGGUGCGCCCUCUCUCCCCAAGCCCAGCGUGUGCUCUUGAUGUUACAUAAAUUCCUUAAGCCUUUCCCUUCCUCUUCUGUCUCCUGAGGCCCAUCCCAGCAGGCCAGCUCCUGUCAGAGCCCCCAGCGGCAGCCUUCCCAGGAGGAGAUGGUCAGCCCCGGCAUUGUCCUGAAUGAAGGCCCAGCGAGAAGCCGGGAGCUGCCCUCUUUGAAGGAGUGCUGUUGAGGAGCAGGGCUGUUCCCUUCUGGUUCUGAUCAGUGCCCACAGGCAGCGCAGGGUGGGCAGAAGAUGGAUUUGGUAUCAGGAGACGGAGAUGGAAUCUUGCUUCUAGUGCUUAGGAGUUGUGUGACCAGAGGCGAGUCACUGCACCUCCAAGGCCUUUGUUGCCAUAAUCUGUAAAAUGGGAUUGAUAUUUUUGCACUCAUCUCAGAGGGCUGUUGGGAAAAAAGUGUUUUGCAAACCUU